CGAUCGUACUGAAAUGGUAGGGGAGUGGCCAUAAUGGUAUAAGACCAUCUAUUUUAGGAAUCAAAACUAAAAACCGCGUAAAUAAUCAAAAUUUCCUAUCUUUGUUACAAAUUAAUUUUCACUCUUCCCGCCCAUUUUUGCUCACACCAAAACUUUAAGCCUUAACCUCAUUUUCUCUCUCCUCUGACACUGAACAGUAUAAUCAGCUGCUUACCAUGCCGGAUUUGGGAGCGCCAUUGCUCAAUUCCGAAUCCCUAACCCUAAAUUUCUGUCCUAAUUCGAUCAAAUCAUUCUCUGAUUCAUUCACAUCCUCUGAUUCUCUGUAUCCUUGCCCAAUUAAAACCCUAGAUUACAUGGAUGAGUUCGAUUUCCGGCCUGAGAUCCCCAUUAAUGGUGACUUCGCUGAAGUUUCUGGUUCCAGAAGAGGGUUGUUGAAAAUUAGGGUUACUAGGAUGGGUUCUGGUGCCGUUGAUGGUCAUAAUAAGAAGGUUGAUGGUGCUAAGUGUUUGGAUGAUUAUGUUAAUGAUUGGAAGGCCAGGAAAAUUGAUUUAGGGUUUCCUGAAAAUCGCUGUUUUCUUCCGUUUCUUGAGGGUUCUGCUAGUUUGGUCGAGUGUCGUGCUUGUUCAAGCUACAUUUACCCUGGGGAUGAGGUCUCUUGCUCUGUCCGAGGGUGUAAGGGAAUUUACCAUUUGAAGUGUGCAAAGGAUAACUUUCGAUGUUCGGUCACGAAAAAGUUCAAGUGCCCUCAACAUGCAUGCUUUAUAUGUAAACAGAAAUUUUUUUGGCGUUGUGUGAGGUGCGAAGUUGCGUCUCAUGAUAAAUGUGCAGCUUGGCCUGAUAAAGUGAUUCAUCUGAGUGAGCGUCCGGGAUGGACUGUUUGCUGGAGGCAUCCAAAAGACUGGCGGAAGGAGCAUGGAGAAGCAACUAAUAACUUUGAGGAUGUAUUCUCUCGAUUGCCUUUGCCAUACAUUGAAGAGGAAUUCAGUAUAGAAUCAACACUGAAAGAUGUUCCAAAUGAUAAGUUGGAGCCACCUCCAUAUGUGCACAUUAGGCGCAAUGUAUAUCUUGUCAAGAAAAAGCGAAAUGAUUCUAGUAUGGACAUCGGAUGCACAAGUUGCCGCACGACAACAUGCUCCGAGGACUGUGUUUGCAGAGUUCAAAGCAUUAGUUGUUCAAAGGCUUGUCACUGCUCAGAAGCAUGCACAAACAAACCAUUUCGCAAGGAGAAGAAGAUCAAAAUUGUCAAGACUGAACUUUGUGGAUGGGGAGUAGAGGCUGCUGAAUCCAUAAACAAGGGCGAUUUUAUCAUUGAAUAUGUCGGGGAAGUUAUAGAUGAUGUGGUAUGUACACAAAGGCUUUGGGAUAUGAAAAACAAAGAGGUGCAAAAUUUUUACAUGUGUGAAAUCCGUAAAGACUUCACAAUUGACGCAACUUUCAAGGGAAAUGCAUCUCGUUUCCUGAAUCAUAGUUGUGAUCCAAACUGCAAAUUGGAGAAAUGGCAAGUAGAAGGGGAUAUACGUGUGGGUGUCUUUGCUUCUCGAUCCAUAAAAAUUGGAGAACCACUGACCUAUGACUACAGGUUUGUGUUAUUUGGACCUGAGGUUAAAUGUCAUUGUGGUGCUGCUAAUUGUCAAGGAUAUCUAGGUGCCAAGAAAAAAAGCAACUUAGAUAUUCUCGAUUCUAAUAGAUUAAAAAGAAGGAUGCAUGUAGCAAGCCUUUCCUGGGGUUCAAAGCAGAAAAGAGCAUCAAAAUUUCACCCAGCAAGAAUGCAGAAGUGACACAGCUAGACACUCCAAAUGAAUAAAGUUGUAUAUUAUGUUCUUACCAUCCGACACCCGUGAAUAGAAGAGAAACUACACAAGGCAAUUCAAACAAUCCUCAUUGUUGUAUUUUAUGUAACCAUGGCAGCUGUUACAUUGGGUAAGAGACACAAGCAAAAAUCAUGCACUAAACUCUGGUAUUAAAAAUCUGUGUAUUCUUCCUGUUCUUCGUAGUAGAGUCGUGUAUCAUUCAUUAAUUUCAUAUAGGCAUCGGAUUUUUCUCGAUUAUAUGUUCUUUUAAGCUUUUACAUGUAUCUAAAACUGUUGUUUUGAUUCGUACUAGAACAGUGUAUUUUGAUUCAUUGAGAUUAGUGUAGCUUACACAGUCGAGCAUUAUUGUUAAGAGACAGUGGAUAAAGUUAGAGAGUAAUUGAGUUAUUACUCAUAAACAUGAGAUGGAAUUUUUUCAUGAA